UAUAUCAGUAUAAUGUUUGUAUCCGUGGAGAAGAAAGACAUGUAUUUUCAAAUAGGAGUUUAAAGCAAGAGAAACAGUUAAAAAGUGACUCAGUACUGCUAUCAGCUGCGACAAAUAAACAGCACCAAAAAUUAGAAUACUUCAAAUGAUUGUAUAUCUUAUAUGUAUUUUCAGGAAGGGUGAUGGAAUUGAAAAUGCUGUAAACACUGUGAAAAGAACUGUGAAAGAAGCAGCUGCAUUGCCACUACCACAAUUUUCCAAUUUAAAUAAAUCAAGAGUCAACACAGUUUUUGUCUGAGGUGAUCCAUGUUCCACUGGUAUGUUGUGAAUUUCAUCCACCAUGACUUCAGACAGCAGUGUGUGUUUGGUGCAGGCUGUCUACUCUUUCAAAGGCAAGAACAAUGAUGAGCUUUGCUUCAAGAAAGGGGACAUUAUAACAGUCACCCAGAGAGAGGAAGGAGGAUGGUGGGAAGGAACACUAGGGGAGAAGACUGGCUGGUUUCCUUCCAAUUAUGUGAAGGAGUACACUCCCUUAGGCACAUUAUUCACUGUUACAGAGAGUGGUGCUUCAGGAACUACGAAGAUCUCACCAGUGAAACUCCCUCCAGAUAUUGCAGCGCAACAGAAAGCAUACAGAAAUCUGGUUUUGAAGGACCUUAUUGAAUCUGAGAAAGCCCAUGUAGCAGAGCUGCAGACUUUGUUGAAAAACUUCCUCAGUCCCCUGGAGAAGUCGGACAUACUCUCCAGGGAUGAAUAUCGCCAGUUAGUCAGCAACAUAGUUACUGUUGUUGAAACACAUCAGCAGCUUCUGGCAGCGUUGGAGGAAUGCAGUCAGCGUCCACCACAAGAACAACGCGUGGGGAAAAUUUUCCUCACCUCUGCACCUAGACUGAAACAAGUACAUCAUGUUUAUUGCUCCUCCCAUCCGAGGGCUGUGUGCAUCCUUGACAAAUACAGGGACCAGUUAAAUUCAUUCAUGGAGUCUCAUGGUGCAGUAAGUCCCGGUAUUCUUGUCUUGACAACAGGCUUGAGCAAACCAUUUAGACGUCUUGAAAAGUAUUCCGGUAUGUUACAAGAACUGGAACGACAUGUGGAAGAAAGUCAUCCUGACAGAGGGGAUACACAGCGUUCUGUUAGUGUGUACAAAGAUAUAGCAUCCUUCAUAUCUACAACUCGACGUCAGAAGGAGUUGGAACUGGAAGUAUUAACUGGAGGUGUGAGAGGUUGGGAAGGUGAAAAUCUGUCUUGUUUGGGAGAAAUUCUUCAUAUGGGAUCUGUUGCGAUACUGCCUGAUCAUCGGGACCGCUACUUGGUGUUAUUUCCGUCAACACUUCUGAUGCUUAGUGUUAGUCAGCGAAUGAGUGCCUUCAUAUAUGAGGGAAAACUGCCAUUGACUGGGAUAAAUGUUAAUAAACUUGAUGAUACAGAUACAUAUAAAAAUGCUUUUGAAAUUUCAGGUCCAAUGAUUGAGCGAAUAGUAGCUGUUUGUCAGACAAGAGAUGAUCAGACACAAUGGGUGGAUCAUUUAAAGCAACAGAUUCGGAAAGUUACAAAAUCAUCGGUUUCAUCACCACCUCCAACAUCACCACCUCCCAGCAAGCCACAACCAUUACCACCUCCCCAUAAGAGUGCUCUGACAGGUCCGUUAUCGCCAAGAGUCAGCACACCACAAACAAACGCAAAGCUGGUGUUCCGCCCAGCUAACAGCAAGGGAUGGAGCAUGUCUUGUCUUCGGCCUUCCCCUCCCAUUCGUCCAUGUUUAGGUCUUGGUCGUGAUGACAGCAGCAAGAAGCCUGCUCACAACACCAGAAAACACAGUGAGAAGACUUUUGAGGAGGAUGCAUUAAUACUUCGAGUGAUUGAGGCAUAUUGUAUGAGUGCAAAAACACGUUACACUGUAAAUUCAGUGGACCUGGGUCAUCUGUCACGUGGUAACGUACUGCAUGAUCCAGUCACCCACACAGUAUUACAGCCACAUUGUACAAAUUGCAAUAAAACUCGAGCAUCGACCUGGUGUUGUGGAAAUUUUGUCAUUCGUACUCUCAGAAAAACUCAUUUUGAUUAGAUUAAUUGCAAUAUGUUUGUUACUAACAAAAUGUGAAAGGAAGUGUUCUGCUUAUUUGCAUGUCAAAUUUUGCUUUUCUGCUUUCAGUGCCAAAGAUGGGUUAGUUGCACAGAAAAAUGUUACCUGCAGUGUCAAUAUUGUGCUUUUCUACAGGAUUGUAACUGCAUGACAUUGUGUAGGUUGUUUGUUGAAGAAUUUAUUUGAAGCAUUUCAGUGCAGCACAUUUGGAUGUGUACUGAUUUAGACAGGAAACAGUGAUUUUAAUAAAGUACCUUUUCCCAUUUGAUAUAACAAUUUUUUUUCUGGGGAAUGACACUAACUCCCCUUUCAUAUUGUAGUUAAUUUGUCCCAUAUGUUAGUCAAUUGUCAGCAGCAUUUUGUGUUUAGUCAACACACUCAGGGAUAAUAGAGAACAACAUUUAGUCAUUUGUGAUCUUUUUUACAAUAAAAUAUAGAGAGAAAAUAUUUUGGCAUAUUUAUAUGCGAAGUCUUGCAUGGUGUCCUAGGAUUUGUUUUAAAAUGGUUAUUGUAAUAGUGACAGUGAUUUUUUUAGAUUUUAUUGCAGAUACCAAAUAAAGCUUAAAAAUUAUUUGUAAGUGUUUCAUGCUUUGUAUGUAUUGGUUGAGAUUAUAUGUUUGUGUAUUACUUUUCCUGUGUACAAUAAGCUGGUUGAAAGAGCUGCUUCUCAUUGCUUAAGUCUAUUUUAUAAGAUUUUUGAACACUCAAAGAAACAUUGCGAAGGCAGAGAGCAAAGGAGAAUAGUAUAAGACCAAAAUGAAAAGUGAGCACAGAAUUUGUGUGUCUUGUGUUAUAUUCUUGGCAUACAGGUACAUAUUGACCUUGAGAAUGUUAAUGGGCUAUUGUAAGGAGAAGCAGCUGCUGAUCCGCAUCAUUGAACUACUUACGAGUGAUAUGGAUCUCAGCACAGUUUUACUAAAUUUAAGUGGAGGUUGAACAUGUAGAUUUGAGGCAUAUAAGAUAUACCUAUGAAGUUGACUGACAUAUUUAGGAAAUGCAUAUCUCCAGUUUAAAUCAAAUACGACCAGAUUCUGAUGAUAUGGUUUUGGGACCUACUGUCAUGAAUGUGUCAGUCAAUGUCUCUUUUUACAGCAAGGGAACUAGAAACACAUACAGACUGAUUUUAUUCAUUUCUUUUGUAAUUGUCUUCCAUUGCAGUUACCUGUCAGAUAGGCUGCUGUGGGUAAUAGUUGCUGCAUGACAGAAAGUGCUAUACUUAUUUUAUGUUAAACAUUUUGUAUAUUGUUUGUGCAGGUUAGUUUCUGUAACACUUAUUUUGGUUGUGGUAUUGUGGUGUGGUGCACGAAUUUGUGUGUGUGUGUGUGUGUGUGUGUGUGUGUGUGUGUGUGUGUGUGUCACAUGAUAUAACAGUAUUUUUUUUAAUUCAGAGAAACUGCUACAGUAAUACUAUCAUCUUCUCCUUCAGAGUUGAUGUAAAAAUACUCGAAACGUAAGCCUUAGAACUAAAACUUUUGAUUCACUGUUUAUAUAAAGGAAAAUGUAUGAUAUAGAACAGAAAUCAUGUCUGAAUGUGGCCUUUUUUUUUACAUGUGUGUGUCCUUUAAAGGUCAAGAAAAUGCAAAGGGACACCAUAUAAGUUUUCACCAUUAGAUACUCAUUAGAGCUUUGCUGCAUCUGUCCAUGACUUGAUAAAAGAAAAAAAUACAAAAUGUAACUAAUGGGAGGAGUAACGAUAAAAAUCCAAUAUAGUUGAGAUGUUGAAUAUUCAAGAGGCACACUGACAAGACUGAAAACAUUGUUCAGCUUUCUGAUGAUGUCCUUUCUAAGAGAUAACUAAUACGGAAUACUCAAGGGCGUGCAGAAAAGUAAUGUCUUCUAAAUUUUUAUGUGAAAACUUUUGAAGCUUUCUAAACAAAACAAACGUUAUUAACAUUUUGCAUAUUUAUUCUUCUUGUCUACAUAUUCACUCCUCAAGCUAGUCACCCUGGCAACAAACAAAUUUCUCGCAAAGAGAGACCAGUUUGUUUAUACCGUCAUUGUAGAAUGUUGGACUUUGUUAGCAGAGCCACAACAUCACCUCUGCUUGCCCUGCUUCACUAUCAAAGUGCAGUCCUCAAAGAUGUUCUGUAAGUUUUAAAAACAGAUGAAGUUUGGAGUAUUCUCAGUAACAGCGUGCCCAAGGUGUUUCAGUGCUCAUGUGUGAUCUCACAUUGUUAAGCUGAGAGAGAGGGCGCUCCAUGUGCGGGUGGUUAGGAACUUGAUUACAGCAUACUGUUUCUCAUACACUACUGUAGUUAUGUUACACACUACCACUCAGAGCCCUCUAGCGGCAGAGACUUUGAAGCUUGUCUCAGCGAAUCACGAAAAUCGAUCAAGUAAUAUGCGUGUCGUAUAAUACCUCAACUGACAUUCAGAACAGAACAAAAAAUUCAGAGGCAUUACUUUCCAGCAUGCAUUCAUACAUGUAUUGUUUCAUUGUGUUGGCCAGAAGAGCUGCAGUUUAGGUACAAUGCAGUUGGCUGGGACAAAGUAACCCUGCAGGUACUGUGUCUGAAUGUGUAUCCUGAAGGAGGACAUCAUUUUUAUAUGACUACUAAACACUGAAUGUCUUAACUGUACAGUGAGUUUUUAGCUUUACUUCUUCUAUUAAAUAUUGGGUGGUGCGAAAGUCACUGGGCACAGGGCAAUGAUUUAAACAAAAGAUGGAAUUUAUGUUUCAUUACAAAUACACGCAGCACCUACAAUUAUUUGUUACAUUCAAACAGUUUUCCAUCUUCAUUAGUACACGUUUGAAGUCUUUUUGAAACAAUGUUAUAUACUCUAUGGCAUAGUGUCGUAUCACUGUCCAAAUCAUGAAAUGUGUCGUGUAUGAAGUCUUUUAGUUGUCAAUAUAUCAGUAAGUACAGUUAUGUCUGUUAACUAUCCACUUAAAUUAAAAUUGGCCUUGUCAGAGCACAUAAUUUUAUUGUACAGAUUAGCAUCAAUUCACAAAACUGAAGAAGUCAAUUUGGAUCACCUUCAAGUAACCUAUGUCAUAAAUGGUGAAUGUAAACUUUAAACUUCUGUUUGUGUAACAAUCAUUGCACUGAUCUUCAUGAUAACUCCAGCUCAGUUGCUAAUUGUCUGGCUGAUUUUUGCAGACUUUAGCUCACAGCUAAACAACCCGCAAUUCAUUUUCCUCAGUUGUUACUAUCGUUGGUGGCCAGAUCUUGGUGCAUCCGUAACAAAUCCAUGUUCUGCAAACCUAUCUCGUGUGUCAUGCACUGUCUAGAUGGUGGUUUUCAUAUAAAGAGUCUUCUCCAUUAAUUAACAACUAUAGUAGCACCACUUUUAUAAAAUGUUUUUAAUGCGAAAAUUCUUUCUUUAACAUUGUAACAGUUUGGAAAACUACAGCUGUAAAGGUGUCUUGCAGAUCACAUUUCAACAAUUCACUAUUUUGAUUACUAUGUUUGUCUUUUUUGUCAUUGCAUCAUAUAGAAAUUUGACGAGGCAUAAUUAUACCAUUUGAUAAUACUUCUUACUGUACUUCAUUUUGCUUUUACUUUUGUUUUUUCUUAACCUACUGUCCAGAAACUUUUGCACCACCCUGUAUAUUCCACCAAGGAAUUUUCAUUAGCAUUUAAGAGAGUUUUGUAGUAAUUAUUUUAACGGGACCAAAAAAAGAAAGAAAGAUAAGUAUUUAACAUCCUGGCGACAAUGAUGUCGUUAGACGUGGUAACUGAAAAUCUCAGAUUUCUAGGGUGUCAAUCUGAAUGAGAAUAAUUUAUCAUGACUUUCACAUGUAUUAAUGGAUUGUUCCAUUACUUCAUCAUAUAAAAUAUUUUAUUUAAGAAUUAAAACAAACAAACUGCAAAUUUUAUUUUUUACAAUCUUAUUUUUGUAUUAUGACACCACCAUCAGGUAACCUGCUGCUGAGCAUUCACAAAGAUGCUAAUAUGUAGGUGAACCGCUCUCUGAAAACUAAAGGGAUUGAAAACUUGUAGAGCUCCGAGCCUGAGUCAUAAUGAGAGCUACUUAACAUGUUAACUUACGCUGUGUGUCAGCACUUACAAUUAAAUGUUACUUAGUUAAUUGGUGGCUGAUGAUAUAAAUGAGAGUACCUACAAAUAAAUGGCUGUACAGUUGUAGAGCAAAAACCUCUAUGGCCUGCUAAUUACAGGCCCAAUAUUACAUUAUUAAGAAUGAAUUAACACAAAUUGUAAUAGGUUACAGCAUCAAUAUUAAAGAGAUAAGAUUUACAUUACAGGGCAAGAAUUUAUCUAAAUAAUGAGUUAAUAUCAAUUAUAACAUAUACAUUGCUUGAACACAACAUUAAAAUGUAAUAUAUGCUUGUAUACUACGUUUAACACUCUUAUGUCUCAAGACAUUUUUCUUUAUCCUUCUGAUGUACUAGAAAGAUACACACUGUAAAUAAUAGAAUGACAUAAUGUGGAAUGCCAACUAUGAAAUCCAACUCAAUUUUUUCCUGGUUUUAAUUUCAAUAAUUUGUAGAAAUUGAUAUGAGAAAAGCCAGAAUAAUUCCUUCAAAAAGAGUAAUAAUGAUUUCCUUUCUCAAUUUCUUGGCUAAGAUAAGCUAGCUAGUGCUGGUAUCUAAUUCAUUGGCCAACUGUUGAGAACUCUUACAAUUCAUUCCAUUUUGCAGCCCCUGAAUAAAUUUUAACACAAGAUACCUAAAUGAAAAUUGGUUUGAGCUAAUAGCAGCUUUUGUGACUCAAAGCUCCCAAAACCGAUUUACAUAUGGCUUUUCCCUUUAUAAAAUAUUAUUUGAUCACGGAUGUGUGAAAAUAUUACUAUUCCAAUUUAUACCAGAACACACACACACACACACACACACACACACACACACACACACACACACACACACACGUAUAUGUGUGCAUGCACACACCAAAGAGGGAAUUGUAUAUUGGAUUCCUUUUGCUUUCUUAUAUUUAUUUUUGUAAAUAAUACAUAUGCUUAUUUGAGGCCUCUGUUAAGUUUAAUUAAGGGUUGUCUUGAGUGAUUCCAACUCAUUUAUAAGGCUAGUGGUAAUUUUUUCAUGAGUUCAUGUGAAAAAAUGCCACUAACAUUCAAAUUAGUCACAAUCCACUUGUAUUCCUCCUGGAUUUCUGUUUAGACAGUAUCUGCAUGUAUUCACUUUCAAAGGUUUCUAAUUUUUAUAUAAACUCUGUACAUUAUGACACACUAUAAAUACUUCAUUUUUAUUUACUGAUCAUAGAAACACCUACAUCUAUGUGUUACUUAGGAAAGGAUACUCAAACAAUGCACACAAUUCAGUUUAUGACAGCAUCUGCUGACCCAAAUGAUGCGUACAUUAAGUUGGUAAGAUGAACGUAAAGAUUAGGUGGAGCACCAUAGUGCUUUACUAAGAGUUGCCCAGUUUUUGGUUUGCCGUUAUCUUCCUCCAGCCUUUCAACCAACUUACCGAGAAAUGGGGGACCUGUAGUUCAAGGGGGACUCUAAAUCAUAGGGCAACAAGGCAUUUUUCACACUAAGAAAUCACUGCCAAUAGUGAAAGAGGUAGUAAGUGACAAAAUACAUCAUGGACCAACUAGGAACUGAACCUGGAAACUUUGUAUUUGUAGUUUGCACUUGCCCACUAUGCCACCAAGCCUCACCUAAUAGAUAAUGGCAAAAAGUUGUUGGUUUUAAAUUAUAAGUGGUGUUACUGGGAAUGUAUAGUGUUCAGUGGUAUGGAGAAAGGCAUGGAUACACCAUAGGACCUAACUAGUGUGGAUCUGAACUUAAUAAUUCAGUUGGACAAACAUCAAAAGCAGGAAUAUUUUAUAGUGUCUUGGUUUAUCAUGACAUAAUCAUCUACACACUAAUUUUAUUAGUAUAAUACAUCAGAUGGGUGAAGGAGAUUGUAAGAAAGUUGUCUGUAGCAAUAACAUUCAAGGAAUAAAUGAACAGAUCGUGACUGCUGAAGUAAAUUUAAUGCUGGUUUCCAAUUUGGAAUAAUUUUUAUGUAGGAAAUGUGUAUGCAUCCUGAGGCUCUUAAGACUGCACGUUCUUUGAGGAGACGGAUACAAGUAGCUGUGGGGUUUGUUAUGGAUCAGAUUUAUAGUGUGUCAAGUGUCUUUUGGAGAUAUUCUGAAUCUGUAGUUCAGUGUGAAAAUUCUGGAUUACAUGAUACCAGAGGAAGUCUCUGUAAUUAGCAUUUCCCUUUAACACCUUUCAAAACUUAAGUUAAUUUUUUAAUUUGUAAAAAAAAAAGGUAAUUUUAAAAAAUGCAAAAUAUGGAAUACAGAGAUCUAUGGUGUGCUUUUGGCUGUUCAGGCAAGCUACUGAUACUAUUUUAUACAUGAAAUUAUUUAAUUGGAUAGAUAAAAGAUAUCUACUCACCAAGCGGCAGCAGAACACACACAUAAAAGAUGGUUGUUACUGGCAAGCUUUUGGAGCCAGUGGCUCCUCCUUCAGGCAGAAGAAUUGAAGGGGAAGGAAGAGCAGUGAAGAAAAAGGCCUGGAGAGAUCCAGGAAAAGUGGUAGAUUUUGGCAAAGUCACUCAGAACCGCAGGUCAGGGAAGACUUACUGGACGGGAUGAGAAGGAAAGACUGAUUCAGUCUCUCCUUCUCAUCCCACACGGUAAGUCUCCGCUAACCUAUGGUUCUGUGUGACUUUCCCAAACUCUAUACCUUUUCCCAGACCUCUCCAGUCCUUUUUCAUCACCCCUCUACACUCCCCUUCUGCCUGAAGGUGGAGACACUGGCUCCGAAAGAUUGGCAGUUGCUACCAUCUUUUAUGAGUGUGUUCUGCUGCCACUUGGUGAGUAGAUUUUUUUAUCUAUACAAUGAAAUAAUUUUGUCUAUAAUUGAUUGCUUUCAUUGGUAUAUUGUUGUGCAUAAUAUUUUGACGACCAAGUUGUCUUAAUGAAUUGCUAUGUGUACUCGCAGAAAGAUCUCUGGAUCGAUUGUCGAAAUAUUGUACUGAAAUUGGAAUCAACAACUUAGAAAACCACCUCAAAGCACACCAUUAAUCAGUCAAUCAUACCAAAAAACCUUAGAGGUAAGAUAGAGAGUUACCAUUUUUACUUUAAUUGAACUUUUAACCAAGUCACAGUAGUUUAAUUUUAUGCACUCUGUGUCUGCAUGUAGGUGCUAAUCUGUUCUCCAAAUUGUUUCUCACCUUUUGCAAGUUCCAGAGUAUCUUCAUUAUGAAAUAACUUGCUACGUGAGAGGCAGCCCUUAAAACCAAGCUCAUGGUGCUAAAUUUAUACGAUAGUACUUCAAUUAUUUUACUACACUGUACAGAUAAAAUUGUUCCUAAUGUUAAUUUAUGCAAAUUAAUAUUUUUUCAUGAAAAAAUAAGUAAACUUACAUGUUAUAAUUUUCUUGAUGAGUACAUUCUUGUUGCAAAUUGUAAAUAUGAAUGACUGUUAAGUCAUUUACAAAAAUAUAAUUUACAUCAGAGAUUCAUACAAUUGUAGCAGAUGGAUUGAGUCAUACCUUUGUACUAGUAGUUUUGCUGCUUACAGAAAUUGUGUAUGUCAAAAGCAAAUUUUAUGUCGUACACUUGUUGUUGUCGUUGUUGUUCUGCAUACAGUGUUCUGAAAAUCUUAAAAAUUAUGUUUGUACUUGAUGGAUCUGUACUGUUCUUAGUGUGGAACCUACAGAAAAUUUUUGAAAAAGUAUGAUGUGUAAAGAUAUUGUUAGUUGUGAUAAAACCAAUCUUAUUUCAGAAUUUGGAUGUUACAUUUUUUUAUAUGUUUAUACUUGUUUACUAUUGCAAAAAUAUAUUUUGUUCAUAUAUUAAAAGUUAUUCAGAAUAAUUAUUUAUUCAUAAUAAAAUAACUUAAUUGAUAUUUUGUCUCAAUUCAUACCCACCACAAAUAUUCCUUACAUUAGGUAAACUAACUUUGGAUUACACUUUGACAACAUAAAUUAACAAGCUGACUUACGUGCCAAAAUGAAAUAUAUGACAGUCAGUGGAAAGAGUAUGAGGACACGUAACUGAAACAAGGAAAGUUAUAGCAAAAUGUUUUGUUAGUCUGAUAUUUGCACUUAUAUGACAUCAUAAUUGCCAACUUAAAAAAAUAUAUGCCAGAAAGUUUCACCAAUUAUGUUUUGAGAGGUGUUUCAUCAGCCUGUCUUUUCGAGUUAUAGGCUUCAUAUGACUUUUUAUUGUUCCCCCUUCUCCGACCUGUUCUCUCUCUCUCUCUCUCUCUCUCUCUCUCUCUCUCUCUCUCUCUCUCUCACACACACACACACACACACACACACACACACACACACACACACACACACACACACACACACUGCUCCCCGUCCCCUGUUUGUGUGUGUUGUAUCCUCUGUUUAGUGAAGUCUUUGGUCAUAGUGUCUUACGGAAACUGAUUCUUUUAAUUGCUCGUAAUUUGAGCAAAGCUGAAAAUAGACAUUAUGUAAUGUAACAAGAUAAUGAAGCAGUAACAUAGGUAAAGAAAAUAUUACAAUUUUUUUGUUUAAGGAAUAUUCAUAGACAUACCAGAAAUUUAGAAUUAACUUUCAGAUGUGUAUUGCAAUAGCUUACUCUGGAUAAGAGAGAGAAAUUACAGGAGCAUCAAAAGUUCAUCUGUUUGAUGCUAUCUCUGUUCCUUAUUUCAUAAAUAAAGAAAAUAGUCACCGACUUUUUAAUUGUGUAGAUGUAGCCAAUAGAUCAUUUGUGAUCUUUUCCUUCCAAAUACAAAAGUUAUAGAUAUUUUUCUGAUAUUUUGUAUGAGCUACCAUUAUUUUGCUAACCACAGGUAAUAUAAUAUAUUACUUUGAAUGUUCUGCUUAACAUAAUGUUGUAAUGA